GACAAAACGUUGGCAACUUACGUUCCACAAACUCCCCAAAUACUUUUCUCUGUGGGCCUGCUCCCCCUCCCACCACAAAAUCCUCCCAAAAAAAAUACAAAUCUUUCUACUUGAAAAAUCCGAAUUUGUUUGAGAUCGAGGUGUAGUUAAUUGACUUUAGAAUAUCCAAUUUACUAUGGUGGAAAGUUCGAUUGGGGGAGUGGUACCAGCAGUGAAGGGGUCAGUGAGGGUGGGGGUUAAAGAGGAGGGGGGUGGUAGUGUAAGGGAUGAAGGUGAAACAGAAUGGGAAUUGGAUAGGGAAUUAUUAUGCCCAAUUUGUAUGCAGAUUAUAAAGGAUGCAUUUUUAACUUCCUGUGGCCAUAGUUUUUGCUAUAUGUGUAUAAUCACUCACCUUCACAAUAAGAGUGAUUGUCCCUGUUGUUCUCAUUAUCUUACCACUAGUCAACUCUACCCUAAUUUCCUCCUAGACAAGCUACUGAAGAAGACAUCUGCUCGUCAGAUUUCAAAAACUGCAUCUCCUGUUGAACAAUUUCGUCUUUCAUUGGAACAGGGUUGUGAUGUAUCAGUUAAGGAGCUGGAUGCUCUAUUGUCGAUGUUGUCAGAGAGAAAGAGGAAAUUGGAGCAGGAAGAAGCAGAGCGAAAUAUGCAAAUUCUGCUAGACUUCUUACAAAUGUUAAGGAAGCAAAAAGUUGAUGAACUCAAUGAGGUGCAACAUGAUCUGCAAUACAUCAAAGAGGACAUAAGUGCAGUGGAGAGACAUAGAAUAGACCUAUACCGGGCUAGGGACCGGUACUCAAUGAAGCUUCGAAUGCUAGCAGAUGAUCCAAUUGGGAAAAAACCUUGGUCUUCAUCCACUGAUAGGAACUUUGGUGGUCUUUUCUCCACUUCACGGAAUGCACCUGGAGGAUUACCUACUGGAAACUUGACAUACAAAAGGGUGGAAGGCAAAGCUCAAAUAAGCUCUCCUGGACCACAUAGAAAAGAUACUUCUACCAGUGAAUUGAAUUCACAACAUAUGAGUCAAUCAGGUCUGGCUGUGGUGAGGAAGAAGCGUGUAAAUGCACAGUUCAAUGAUCUCCAAGAAUGUUACUUGCAAAAGAGACGUCUAUUGGCGAACAAAUCGCAUGUUAAGGAGGAAAAGGACAUAGAUGACGUAAAAAGAGAAGGUUACAGUGCAGGGCUAGAAGAUUUCCAGUCUGUACUUAGCACUUUCACUCGUUAUAGUCGGUUAAGAGUCAUUGCUGAGCUUCGGCAUGGGGAUCUUUUUCACUCAGCCAAUAUCGUGUCAAGCAUCGAAUUUGAUCGUGAUGAUGAGUUGUUUGCUACUGCUGGAGUUUCACGGCGCAUAAAAGUUUUUGACUUCUCUUCGGUUGUAAAUGAACCUGCAGAUGUGCAUUGCCCUGUUGUCGAAAUGUCAACUCGUUCUAAGCUGAGCUGCUUGAGCUGGAAUAAGUAUACCAAGAACCACAUAGCAAGUAGCGAUUAUGAUGGAAUAGUAACUGUAUGGGAUGUGACCACUAGACAGAGUGUGAUGGAAUAUGAAGAGCAUGAGAAACGGGCAUGGAGUGUUGAUUUUUCACGCACAGACCCCUCGAUGCUUGUAUCUGGCAGUGAUGAUUGUAAGGUCAAAGUUUGGUGCACUAAGCAGGAAGCAAGUGUUCUUAAUAUUGACAUGAAGGCGAAUAUAUGCUGUGUAAAAUAUAAUCCUGGAUCUGGUGUGCAUAUAGCGGUAAAUUCCUUAUUUUAUAUAGAGAUUCUUCAUUAUAUGUUCCUUAAAAAUUUCUGGAUUUGGAGCAUCAAUUUCUCAUAUAGUUCAGUCCGUGUUUCAACUCCCCCUCCCCNCGUAAAAUUUUUGUCCAACAAUGAGCUUGCUUCAGCAUCAACAGAUAGUACACUACGGUUGUGGGAUGUAAAAGAAAAUCUGCCUAUUCGCACACUUAGAGGACAUACAAACGAGAAAAACUUUGUUGGUCUCACAGUAAACAAUGAAUUCCUCGCUUGUGGCAGUGAAACAAAUGAAGUAUUUGUGUACCAUAAGGCGAUCUCCAAACCUGUUACUUGGCAUAGAUUUGGUUCCCCAGAUGUGGAUGAUGCCGAUGAAGACGCAGGAUCUUAUUUCAUUAGCGCGGUAUGUUGGAAGAGUGAUAGCCCUACGAUGUUAGCCGCUAACAGCCAGGGAACUAUAAAAGUGCUAGUCCUUGCAGCCUGAAUUAUAAAGCUGCUAGUUAAGAAUGCUUGAUUGAACUGCAGUUGAAAUCUAUUUAGUAGAAAUGGAUUUCACAUUCAAUUUUUUCUGUAGAUAUCUAUUCAACAACCAUCAGAUGGCAUGGUUCCCCAUAUUUGUCUAUGUAUUCACAUUAAAACAUGUAAAAAGUUGUGGGGUUUGGUAAUUAGGAGGAUGUACUGCUCUUAAAUGGCAGAGGCAGAGUUAUACAUCAAUGACUUUUGUCAUUGAAAUCAUAAUUCAUAUCUUUAAUUCCUUGACAAAUGAUCAUUCGGGGUGAUUUACAUUUGGAGCACUUUCAGGUGAGCUACUUCAGACAAGCAAAUGUACACUCUUUUAUUUCACAGUUGGAUCUUUGUAUAGCUAAUGGACACAUGCCAAAAAGACAACAAAGAUUGGCAUUUUCAUUCA